AUGGUGGUGGGGGACAUUUCACCGUCUCUGGCGGAAAUAUCGAAGGUGCUUUCCAAGUCUAAAGGAAAGGCAUAUGCUCCCAAUUUGGUUCCUAUCUAUAAAGAGAUCUCCUCCGACCUCAUUACCCCCUCCGCCGCAUACCUCAAAAUCUCCGCGCAUUCAAAGUCCGACCAUUCCUUCUUAUUCGAGAGUGCUGCCACGGAAAAGGUUGGCAGAUAUAGUUUUAUAGGAGCUGGACCUCGAAAGAUAUUAAAAACGGGUGAAGGGCAUGGCGAACAAGUAGAUCCAUUGCCAGCUCUCGAGGCAGAGUUGUCUAAGUGUAGGGUAGCACAUAUUCCUGGACAAAAGCUACCACCUCUGACAGGAGGAGCAAUUGGAUAUGUGGGAUAUGAUUGCGUGCGGUAUUUCGAGCCCAAAACGGCACGACCUAUGGAAGAUGUUCUCGAAGUUCCCGAGUCACUCUUUAUGCUAUUUGAUACAAUCGUCGCAUUCGAUCGAUUUUUUGGUGUAAUAAAAGUUAUCACAUACCUUCACGUCCCGGAGGAUUUCUCUCAAAUUCCAGCAGAGUAUGAGAAAGCACAAGAAAUUAUUGACGAAGUUAUAACCGUUCUUGAAUCGCAAGAUACACCAUUACCCGUCCAACAACCAAUAAAGCUGGACAACCAAUACACUUCAAACGUCGGCCAAGAAGGUUAUGAGACGCACGUCAAAAGACUCAAGACUCAUAUCACAUCCGGCGAUAUUAUCCAAGCAGUACCUUCACAACGCUUUGCAAGACCAACCUCUCUCCACCCCUUCAAUAUAUACCGUCACCUCCGAACCGUCAACCCCUCACCCUACCUCUUCUACGUCAACUGCGGCGAUUUCCAAAUUGUAGGAGCUUCCCCCGAACUUCUUGUCAAAGCCGAAGACGGCCGCGUGAUAACCCAUCCCAUUGCUGGUACUGUCAAACGCAAUCCGGAUCCUCAAAUUGACGAAGCCCUUGCCGAAGAACUACGCAGUUCUCUCAAAGACCGUGCAGAACACGUCAUGCUUGUUGAUCUCGCACGUAACGAUAUCAACCGUGUAUGCGAUCCCAUUACCACUCGCGUAGAUCGAUUAAUGGUCGUUGAGAAGUUCAGUCACGUGCAACAUUUAGUUUCACAAGUCUCGGGAGUGUUAAGGAAAGACAAGACCCGUUUUGACGCAUUCCGAUCUAUUUUCCCCGCCGGUACCGUAUCCGGUGCACCAAAAGUUAAGGCAAUGGAGUUGAUUGCGGAACUGGAAAGGGAGAAGAGAGGUGUAUAUGCUGGCGCAGUCGGAUAUUUCGGUUACGGAAGUGUGGACGCUGAUGGGAAUGAGUUUGAAGGAGAGAUGGAUACGUGCAUUGCGCUGAGAACCAUGGUGGUCAAAGAUGGAGUUGCUUAUCUACAAGCUGGCGGCGGCAUAGUCUUCGACUCAGACCCCUACGAUGAAUGGGUGGAAACCAUGAACAAGCUCGGCGCCAACAUGCAAUGUAUAACGGGCGCCGAGAAACUGUACUCGGGUAUCCAAUCUAAAUCCGGUGAAAGUACACCUAAACCUAUACUAGGGGAAGAACCAUCAACAGCGAGACCUGGAGAGAAGGCUCAUAUUGAUUUUGCUGCUUGA